UCCACCCACCUACCCACCCAAACCAUGUUCUACACCCACUUACGUCCCUCCCUCUCCCUCCCAGGUCCAUCUGACCUGACCCGUCAUGUGGUAAAAACAAUCAGUACCACUCCUAUCCUCUACGCAUCCCGAGAACGACGUCUUUUAGCAAAGAGGAAAAAACAGAAAAACCUUUCUCUUCGCGCAUCUUCGGUGGAGAAAACAACCAUAAACCCUGUUCUAGGUCUUGUUAUACCUACUGAUCAAUCCGGUUCUCCUCUUCCUAGACCUGAUCCUUUUCCGAAUUCUCGUUUGGGUAAACUUUUGUUAUCGCCUGAACAAGUAUGGAACUCACCUUCUAUCCCUCUUCCUUUUGCGACUUCGUCUGAUUUGUCUGAUCCCUCUAUCACUUCCACGCCUUCUACUUCAUCCAUCGUUCCCACCUCUCCUGAGGCUACGGAAGACGAGACUACAACGACGACGCAAACCACAACAACUCCAGCGCAAUCAACGACCACUACGAUACAUGAUCAACGACCCAAUCUCGUCUUACCUGGCAUCGGAAAAGAAGAUCUCGACAUAUUAUUCGGUGCUUUACCACGAGUCACAGCCGAGCUACUAGCUAGGAAAGGGGAUGAAGACCCCGAAGAAAUCGUAAGAAAUCAAGAGAUGAACGUCGGGAUGAUCAGUAGAGUAUUAGAUCUGAGAAAUGCGAGUAAGAGAGGGAUCGAAGUUGUUAAUAGACAAAGGAUAGUGGAUGAUUUUGGGAAAGAUGGUGGAUGUGGGGGGUCAAGAGUUCAAGCCGCUCUGUUGACCCAUCAAAUCAGAGUUUUAUCAAAUCAUCUAUCCACAAACCCAAGGGAUAAAAGUAAUCGUCGUUCAUUAAGAUCUUUAGUACAUAAACGUCAACAAGUGUUGAAAUAUUUCAAACGUCGGGAUCCUGAUGAAUAUCCUUUGUUGUUGAAUGAUUUAGGUUUAGAAGAGAAAGCUGUUGAAGGGGAAUUGAUCGUGAGGUGAGAAAGUGAAACUUGUAAACGAAUCUUAUCAAUUCUUUUCCUUCUUCGACCGUUUCCCCUUUAUCUACCAUUACUUUCACCACCCCAUUUCUACCUACUCGAAUAGAAAUCAUUUUCGUCCUUUUGCAAACGACUGCAACUUCUCUUUCUUCGACUUUGAGCUCCUCUUUUCACCCUAACAUCGAUGUCGGUAGAAGGCAUGGGAGAUUUCCAACAAGUCUUUAGUCUGCUCAAUCAUGGUUUCUCUCAAAUUUGGAAGGUGAAGGAUGUAGUGUUUUCUCAACUGGUAAAGUAUGCAUCUUAUCAUCAAGUGUG